UUUUACGUCAGUCAGCUGUUGAACUUUUAUUUUGAUUUUUAUUCAUCAUUUUUAGCAAAUCAUCAAAUUGUUUGCACUCUGAGUUUCUGAAUAAUAUUGAUGAAUGUUAUUAUUAUUCCUGUAGAAUAUUGAUUUGUGCCUGACUUAUUCGAAUAUACUGAAGUGUUUAUAAGAAAUACUAAUAGUUUAAAAUGUCCAAUCAAUCGCCGGUCAUUACUAUUCAAUGCGAUUGGAACGAUGUUAUAAGAUUACCAAAAGGCGAAGCCUGGAUAUCAUCUAAAAUACUAAAUGAAGCUAGUAUUCAUGAUAAGCUGCUGACUUCUUUAAGUGAUGGAAAAGUUAAAAUCAAUUUUUCUGACAAUUAUCAGUACAUAUCCCAUGGGCCAUUGAAUCUGGUGGUUAAACAUAUUGCUUCUGACCUGAAAGUAGCAUUUGUGGCUCCCAGCAAGGCUCACAAAAUACAUAAGAAAGCUGUUUUGUCUGUUGCGGUCUCAAGCCAUUCUCUAGCUGUGUCUUCUUGUGAAGAGGACAAGCUUUUAGUGUGGGACAGCAGAACAAGUGAAGUAAGCCUUGACUUAAAGGGCCAUGGAGGUCCAAUAUACAAAUGCAAGUUCUUUCCAUCUGGCAUUGUUGUGCUGUCUGCGGGUGCUGAUGGCUCUUGCAGGAUCUGGUCGGCCGAGUCAGGUAUAAACCCGGUCACUCUGAAAGGCCAUGCCAUGGCCGUCACUGAUAUAUGUAUCAUUGAAAAAGGAAGAAAUGUUAUCUCUGUGAGCAGAGAUGGAUCAGCAAAACUAUGGGAUGUGGGUGAAUCAAACUGCUUAGCAGAUGUUGUUGAAGGCCACGGCCAGCUCAACUGCUGUGCUAUAGCUACUACCACGGAUAUUGCUGAAGUUGACAAUGAGAGAGAGGUUGGCACCAAUAACAAACUAUUAAUUGUUGGGUGUGAGAGUGGACUUGUUGUAUGUGCACAUGUGGCCAAGAGAGGUCAGACAUUUGCCAAGCAGCUGGACUCUGCUUGCAACACCAUCAUUGUCAUGGAUCAAUCUGCUAUUGUAGGCUGCAGCAAUGGAAAGAUAACACAAUUAAAUCUUCAAAAUGGGUCUGUAAUGAAAGAAUGGCAUGAAUCUGCUAGCCCCGUUCAAAGUAUGGCGGUUUUAACGAAUCACAUGUACGUCGUUGGGCGGCAAGAUGGCACCUGCACAGUACUUUCACUACAGGAAGGAUUCUCGAAGCUCAGGGUACAGUUGACUGGGUCAGACUGUGACGGUAUCAGAGAUAUAUCUUUCAACGGCAAGUGGGUAUUCGCUGGUUGUCGAGAUUCUAAUGUACGGAAAUAUGAUUUCAAUCAAAUCAAUGUCCAUUUUAAGUAACUCAGUGUAAUAUUAUUUAGUAAGAAUAUUUAAGUAUGCGUAAGAUUUAAUAUACCUGUCUAUUGGA